AUGUCCAUCUUCUCUCUGAUCAGGAAGGGGAGGCAGCAGGCAAAGGAGGCUUCCAAGAAGCAAGGCACGAAACAGGGCACCGAACCGGCCAAAGUACCCUAUAAACAUAUACCCACGCACGCUGCCAUCGAUGCACUCGCAGGAGCCCCGGCAUCGUACAAGGCGGAAGAUCGGAAACGAAUCUUGGAGGAGAACAGGAGGCGGAGCUCUUUGAUGUCUUCCGGUGUGCCUAGGGUGUCGAGCAGUCUCUCGAAUGUCAUGUACCCAGAUGCCCACGCCAAUCCCAUGGUAUAUACGCCGAGAUCGUACAGUUACGUCGCGUCAUCAUAUCAGGGCGGAAGCUCCGAGGCCAUUUUACAAGCAACGAUUAAUGGCUAUAGCACGCCCCCAUUCUUAGGGGCACCGUCCGUCAAAGGAAAGGAGAUUGAGAGAAUACUCGGGGAGCGCCGGCCACGGAAUGGGAAUAGAUCAAGGGCUCCCUCGAGUUCCGGGAACUCGACGUACUCCCAAGACGGUCUGGAGAUGAAAGUUGUCCGACGUCCGAGGCGUGACCCCUUAUCUCCCGUUGUGUCCGACACAUCGCCGCCUUUGCCAUCAAAGCAAGGUCAACAACGACGUGAUCCUAGGCGGCGUAGCCCAUCGGACAAACCGACUCCUUCGGCACCACCGGUCACCACGUCGGUGCAGGUAACCACGUACCGGACACCCGUGGCCGAUAGUUCAUCCUCUCCUAGCAAGGGGCCAAGCUCAACUGUGCCUCCCCGGAGAACUGGACUACGGCGGAUCCGUCAACUCUUCCAUUAG